AUGAAACCUUUUAAUAAUUACCUUCUUUCGGAGAAAAAGCAGCCUAUUCAUUGUGAAACAAUUACUUUACCAGGCCUUAUAAAGAAACGUAGGGUUAUGGCGCUUUCAAACUGGGGAAUUUCAUUAUUUAAAGCAAAGCAACCAAAAAUUGUCGAACAACAUAAGUGGUUCGAUAUUUCCCAAUAUGAAAUGAAUUCAACAACAAAUAAACUCGUUUUUAAAGAUUCGAUUUUGACUUUUGAUGUAGAAAAUGGUUCUGAAUUGCCAAAUAAAAUAAAAUCAGUACUCGAAAAAUUAAUGACCCAGUCCGAAAUUACUGGGAUUAAUAAAGAAUUUCAUUCAAUUCCAACACAACGGAGCGCAUUUGCAAGAAUCGUUGCUUUAAAUCCAGAAAAAAUAAAAGAAUUGAAUUACUUCCUCCGUACCACACCAGAUUCUAUCAAAAUUACAAACGAAAAUUCAAAGUACAUUUUUAAUUUAAUUCCGUUAUUACCUGAAGUAACGAGUCUUGAAGUGGAACUCAAUGAAUCAUCACAAUUUAUGCCGAAAUUCCUUAAUUUUAUUAAGUACGAUUCACAAUUAAAGCAUAUUCAUUUUAUUGGACCAUUACCAAAUCAGUAUUCAGUAAUUGCAGAGGCACUCGUUUCAAACAUGCAUUCCCGACUACAAUGCUUAUCGUUUACUGACUCAAACCUUUCGCAAGAGCAGUUUUUGACUUUAAUUUCGAUUUUGAACUCAAGAAACAUUUAUUCAUUGUCAUUUCACAAUGCUUCACCUAACAGUUAUUAUUUUUUCUACAAUACAGUUGUUCCUAAAAUUAGAAUUGCUCCAAAAUUCAUAAAUAUGAGGUCAACUUCCGGAAUUUUACUUCAAAACUUAUUGACAUCCCGUACAAUUAUGCUUUCCCUUGAUAAUUGUAACCUUGAAGUAUCAACAAUUUUCGAAAUUUUGUCAUCAAAUAUAAAUAACUUCAAGAAUCUUCGUGUUCUUAGUGUUUCUAAUAACUUAUGUACAAAGACAUUUGGAGAAAAUUUAGUUCUGCCUAAAUUAAUCCAUACAAUUUUCGCAAAUGGAGUUCGUUGGUCAGGAUUCCAUAUGAAGGCAUUCUUUGAGAUACUUUUUGCUAAUUUCAAUGGAGGUUUAUCACUUUCUCUUGCUCAAACUAAUGCAAAUACUGGAGAAUGGAAAUCUAUUGAUGAUUUUCUUUCUUUUUCACAGUUCAAAUCACUUCAAGUUCUUGACUGGAGUGGAAAUCCUAUUUCUCGUCCAUUUAUUUCAUUUUUGUCUCGUCAAAAGUUCCUCCAAACCUUAAUUUUUAAUGAUUGUUUCACAUUAAACAGACCUGCAGAAGUUAAGCUAUUUGCAAACUAUCUCGAAGGAUCUCCAAUCAAGAGACUUGUCAUGAAUGGAACAGAAGCCACUCAUCUUGGAGAUAAUUUGUCAUUAAUUUUGAAUUCUUUGAAGAAAUGCCAGAAUAUCCGUGAAAUAAGUAUCGAAAAACAUUAUGCUCAAAACACAUUCUACAAUGCUCUUAAAGAAUUCGCAAAAUCGACAACAAAAAGAUGCCUCAUUAGUUUUGAUGAAUCAUCACCAGUUUCUUAUGCAGAAUUAUUAGAUUUUCUCAAUUUCUUCCUUAAUGAUCCUAAUAUCAGCACCGUAAUUUGUUUCCCUCAGAAUGAUAUCUCAAAGUACAUGGGAGUUGAAACAGAAUACAGAGAUGUUAAUCAGCUUCUUGAUAAGUUUGCUAUGAGAUACGCAUUUUCAAAGGAAUACGAAACAGUUUUUGAUAAACCAUUCAAAAUUCCAUGGUUCGCUUACAAAUUUGAGUUCCCAGAAUAUAUCACUGAGGAACAAUUAUCGAGUAUUGUGAAACAACGUGGAAUUCCGGCCGAAUUAUUGCAAAAUAAUUCUUUGAAUGUCACACCUUUAGUUAGGGGAGCUGGAGAACCAAUAACAACUCCUAUAUGGAGUGGAACAUCGAAGCCAAAGGAAAUUGAAGGUGGAAGAAGACACAGACAUAGAACUCCAAUGACAAUUGACAAUGAAACGCCAAAAAGGAACUCACCAAAUGUUAUCAUACAGAAGGAACCCAGGAGAAGGCAUAGAAGACAUGCCAAUACAUUACAAGGAGAAGAUAUUCCAGAAAAUAACGAAAUUAAAGACAGAUCUCCUAAAAAUAAUGAACAAAAGCCAAACAUUGAAGAGAACAACCAUCAUCACCAUAGGAACCGUCGUAAUCCAACACCUCAACCACAUACAACUCAUAAGAAAGAGGACAAUAUCAUGAAAUCUCCAGAAAUUGCUCAAAAAAUCGAGCCUUUAAGAAGUUCGAGAAGGAGAUCUCAAUCUGCAAAGCAUCAGCAUAAAUCUCCAUUAUGCAUCGAAGCCACAAAUAAUCUUGAAAUUGCAGAUGACAAAAAUCGUUUUGCCAAAACUGAAAUCAAGGCUGUUUCAUUACUUAAAUUAAAUAACUCUCCACCUAUUUUAGAAAUAUCUCCUAUCAGAGAGAUGGAAAAGCCUUUGGUUACAAAUUCCCACAAGCAUCAUCACCAUGCAAAGACAUUAGCAGGUGAUGAAGACACCUCACCAGCUACUCUUCAACCAGAUCGUCAAAGGCGUAGACGCAGUGUCGGGAAAACAAUUGAUGGCUCAGAUAACAAAAUUGAGCAGAAAAAGACGCCAUCUCCAAAGAAGAUUGAAGAAAAUGAAGAUAAAGAACCACAAACUUUGCAACCAGAAAGAAAACGACGCAGAAGGAAGGUUUCUGUGGAACUUCAAAAUUUCAUUUUGAAAGAAGAGCCAAAAUCAAAGAAAGCCGAAUCCAGCGAGGAAGAACCACUAUUUGUUCCUCCGAUUUACUUGCAGAAUGAUGAAAAACCACCAGAAAAACUUCGAAGGGUUCGAAAACACAGGAAACCUUUGCAGAAUGAAGACGAUGCCAAAUGGAAUAUGCCAACAUUGCCUGUAUAUCCUGUAAAUGACAACAUAUGGGAUGCUUUAAGCGAUAAUUUUAUUCUCGAUCAAAUGAUUGCGGAAAUUAAGGCUACUCCAAUAGAUCUUCAUUAUCACCAUAUGCCAGAUGAUCCAAUUAAGGACUCAGAUAACUAA